GGCCUGGACUAUAACUUUCUACAAAAAUUAUGUGUUCGUGUAAACUUCGAUCCAAUUAUAGCAAGAUUAAAUCCCCAAAAGUGCAUUAUCGAAGUACGUAAAACAAUUGAAUCAUAUAAAGCGAAAUAUUCAGAUAGAAAACAAGAAAGUAGGAAAUUAGAAUUAAACUAUAACUGUUAUAAAGAUCCAUCAUAUUUAUCAGAGCGUCCACACCUUUAUCAAAAACCAGUGAAAAAAUCUACAACUAUCAGAAAGAGUGAAAAAGAGCUUUCUAUUACAAACGUAUACAAUGAUUCUUCUCAUUUUCUCGUUAAUACUGCGGAAGGUCCAGUGCACUUGGUAACAGUACUUGUUUUUGCUCAUAAUGGAACAUCCCGUAUGCAUGGUCUGACAGUACAGAAUCUCCAUGGCAAAGUUUUAUGUGAAAGAGUUACUGAUCUUAUAGCUCAGACAAGUCCUCUACACUGUGCUCUGACACCUACACCUAAUCAGAAAUACCUCCUAGCCGUCUAUGAUGUGCUUAUGGAAUUUUAUCUGGAAGAAUCUUCUGUUAAAACAUUGUAUGAAGAACCAUACUGGAAGUACGUAGAUAUAAGCUGUACAUACACAGGCUUCCUACUCACAGUCCAGGAGAAAAAACGAAGAGGUCAUCAACGAGAAUACAGGAUUUCAAGAUGCGAUUACAGCGGAAGGGUACUACAGGUGAUUAAAUUUGAUAGGAAUUUUGUUAUUGACCCGUUCAAAAUUCAGGAGGAUUUACGUGGUGAUAUUUGGCUCAUAGAUAAAAGUGCAGGUAGUCUGCUUAUUCUAGAUCCGGCAGGAAAAUCAGAAGGCACAUAUCUAGCCAGAGACAUGGGGAAACCACGUCUUCUUCUGUGUGACGGAUUUGGAAACACUGUUGUCUACAGUAGUGGACCGCCAGCUAUUCAUUUUAUUGGUGAAAAUUUGACGGAGACGCAACCAAUCAAAUUGAGAAAAACAGUAAUAAGAAGUCUAUGUUGUGACAAUGAAGGGAGACUAAUCUGCUUGUGUGGCUCUGGCGAGGAGGAGUUUGAAAUUCAAACUUUUACUUAUGUACAAUAAUGCCUUAUGUUCAAUAAGGCGUUACACAUCUAUUUUAGCUCAUAAUUUUAAGGGCAUAAGAAACGUACAUUGCCCUUUUUUUUCAAUACUGAUUUUAUCAUCACUAAUCCACGUUCGUUCAUUUGAACGGAA